AAACACAGAAACUCGUAAAAAUCUUGAAAAAAAAAAAGCUGAACGAAAAGCCCCGUCAGCCGCCGUGCACGCUCAUCAUAUGGCAUAGCCCCAAGCCCCCAACGGAUCGAGCGCCUCCCCGAGUCCCCGUUCCCCUGCCCCAGCUGACCGCCGCCGAGACGUGCCACACCGCCUCCCCCUCCCGCCGCCACAACCUUCGCCUCCACGCAAUUGGCCGCACUCCUUUCCACCUCCCGCUACAGGAUAGCGUGGGCCGGUCGGCGGCGCCGACGGGUGGAGAACUGGAGAUCCACCCGCACGCGGACUGCUUCCUUCGCUAGUCGAUGGGAAGUAAGCGUUGUUAGGUCUCAUGAUUUCUUUUGGGAGAUCCGGAGCUGUGGUGCCUGUCUGACUCAUCAUCUCUGGGACACUGCCAAGUACGAUUAAGGAAGGAUUUGUAAAUGCCACUUUUUGGAGUUUCUGGCCUUUUGGUUUAGUCAUCAAGACUCUAGCUAGCAAUUAUCUAAAGAAACAAAUGAAAUGCUAAUUGCCACCAAGAUGGCAAAAUUGCCGGAAAACAGCAGUUGAGGGAGAAACUUCAUUGCAAUGCUAACAAUACCAGUGCCCAGAUCAUGACAAUCAGAGCCAGUAGCAACUGAACCUUAAGUAGCCACCAAGUUUGGCAAAACUUCUGCAACUCUAGUUGAGGGGGAAAUUUUUUGAUGCGACUUGUUGAUGCACAAGCUGAACGGCCCAAGAUUUCUGUAGUUGCUGCUUGAAAUAUUCUUGAUAGGAAGGGCAAUUUUGUAGAUGUCUCGAGAGUGUAAAAAACAUGCACUGUAGUUCUCUUUUUACCUGUAAGAUAAGAUUGUAUGCAGUAUGCACUAUUUGAGUUGUAACGGGAUAAGUUCACGAAAGUAUAUUUUUUUAUUUGAUGUGUCUUGAUUGGGAAAAGGUUAUGUCUGGUGCAGUGGUGAGAACUCACUGAGUCACUAGGUCGCGGGUUCGAAGCAGUCUCUCGGCAUUUGCGGGGGAAGAAUUGCCUUCCCUUUUCCAGACCCUACUCAUAUGGGCGCCGAGCCAUCAGCAAUUGGUCUGCCCUUUUGAUGUGUCUUGAUUGGGAAAUAAUUGCAAUAAGAAAAGCUGUGCAUAAGAAAUUUCUUUGAUGUCUCUUUGUUGGACUAUAUACUCUGGUGAAUGAAACUGAAUUGUUUGUGAUGAAAUAUUUGGUUUGCACUUUGCCGUAUAAAAAAUAUUCACGUGUCCGCUACAUUCAGCUGUCUGCUACAUUGAUGCCGUUAAAGAAGAUGCAACCAGCAGUCCUAAUUAAAGAGAGAAAAUAUAAUAAAAAGGACAAACUGAGUGCCAGUGGCUCCCACAUGAGUCUGGUUUAAGUAAGAAAUAACCGAGGUUACCCCUGUAUUUUUGCAGAGAGGCUGCGUCGAAUCCAAGACCUUUGGCUCAGUGGGAAGACUUCUCACCACUGCAUCAGAGAUUCAGAAGAACUUUUGCAAGAAGGGAGGUCUUGUACUUUGGAACUACUCGAUAGCCAUAUUUUUAGAGGUUAGCAAAAGGAGAUCAGAAUGACUAAUGAAACUAGAAAACAUCGUUCCAAGUGGGACACAAAAGAAGGAUCUGAUGUAGUUGAGAUCAGUGAUGAUGAGUCUCCUGAUAAGACAGGUGUUCACCGUAAAGGUGGCGAUUUACACACAAAACCUGACACAUCCAUGCACCACAGAGGCGCUGGACAUGAGAAGGAACAUGCUGAUGGGUCCAAUGAAGAUAUGAAGGAAAUGCAACAUAAGGCACCCUCUGAAAGAUCACAACCUCUUAGAAUGGUUGAUGAGCGUGAUAAUAAUGAGUGGAGCAAGGCAACUGGUAACCAAGGCACAAACAGAUAUGCAGAUGACAGAAGACGUGGUGAUGGAUGGGGUACAGCUCCUAGUCGUGAUUAUUCUUCUGCUAGGGCGCCUUCUGAUCCAGAUGCAUGGAGGCAGCGCAGCCGAAGUCCAUCUCCAAGAGGGGUUUGGAACAAAUCACGCAGGAACAGGAGUCGUUCCAGAAGCAGAAGCAGAAGCAGAAGCAGAAACAGAAGUAGGAGCAGAAGCAGGAGUAUAGGGCGAGGCAGAGGCAGGAGCAGAAGUCCAUAUAUUGCUGACCGUGGAUCUGAGUGGAGGGUUGAGAGAGGCAGAACAUCUGGAGGACCUGUUCGGCCCUGUAGGGAUUUUGUGGCUGGUAGGUGCAGAAGAGGCUCAAAUUGCAGGUUCCUUCAUGAAGAUGGUGGGCACAGGCCAUUUGAUGAUCACUAUCCUGCUGACCCAAGGGAAAGGUAUGGUUAUCAGAGCAAGGAGUUUAUGGAUACAAGAGGACCAAAUGACUAUUUGCGGAGUAGGCAAUCUCGAGAUCGUUAUGAUGAUAGGCCUUGGGAGAGAUCUGAACCUCGAAGGGAUUACCGGUAUCCUGAACAAUGCUUUAAUUUUGCCAAAGGGAAAUGCAUGAGAGGUGCUAGUUGCAUAUUUGCGCAUAGUAAUUCUGCUUCUCAUGGUAGAUGGAGAGAUGAGACUAGGGAAAGUGCCCAUGAUAGAUUUGGCCCUGAUUCAUCCUAUGGGAAUAGGACUGAGCACCGUAGGGUAAACAAAAACCCUUGUAAGUUUUUUGCUGAAGGUUGUUGUCGCCGUGGUGAAAAUUGUUCAUAUCUCCAUGAGGAAGCUCCCCAUAGUCAGAUAGGAGUGAGUGCACCUGAUGAGGCUUUGAAUUACAGUGAUGGGCAUGCAGCAAGAGGAAACUAUUCAAACUGGGGUGAACAAAAUAAUGCUGUGCAUGCAACCUCUCAGAUUUUAUCCAGGGAUGACAGGGAAAGUCCUAUUUCUCAGAGUAUUGGCAGAAAUGAUUCUCGCAAUGAUUAUGAAAACCAGCAUUCAAAAGAUGCUGGAAAGAGCCAGUACCAAAUUAUUCAUCAGGAAGAUUUUGGUUCACCAGGGCAAAAGAAACAUGAAGAUGCUAUUUCACAACAGCCACAGUUAUUGACUCCUGUCCAGACUACUGCUCUUAGCAUGCAUAAUGAAAAGGUAUCUGAAAUGGACAGUCAGAAUGCUCCUUCAAGCAUUGGAGGUUUGAGCAUGCAAUCAGGGGUUCGUAGUGCUAACAUUAUAGCAGAGCAAAGCCUGGGUCAAAUACUUCAGAGACAUGAUCCAAUUCCUCAUAUUCCUGGGCCACAAACGCUUCCGAUCACCACACAACCACAGAAUGUUACGUCUUCAUUCCCAUCAAAUAGCCACGUGCAACAAAAUAACUUUCCUAUACAUCAGAACAGGCAAGAGCAGUUUGUAGUUCCACACGCAGCUGCAAACAUCUCAACUCCCAGCAUGCAGAGCCAGCCAAUUGCUUCUCACAUGGGGCACAUCCAACGUGGCGGCUAUGGUAUAGAGCCACAGGCAUUGCCCAAUAUCUCCACACAUAACGGGCAUAAUUUCAAUGUUGCCAGUCAAGUUCCACCAAACAUUCCAACAGCUGUGCAUGCUGGGCAGACUCAGGUGACAAUUGACAUGCCAAGGUUGGGUCAAGACAGUGGUCCUCAAAGCAUACACAACAUGGAGAUGCAGCCAAUGUCUCCAAACGUGCAAAGCCAAUCCUUGCAGGGGUUACCCCUUGUGCCGGCUUCCAGCUCAGCUGAUAUGGCCGGAGUUCCUGUUCCUCACAACGCUGUGAAAAGCGAAGAAGUUAGCCGAGUUACUGCAUCCCUGGCACAAUACUUUGGAAAUACUGCUUUCGGCGCUGGUACGGUUGGAUUACAACCGUCGCAGCCGAAUAUGAAUGCAAGCCUGAUGGCCACUCCACCUGUGGUACCACCACCUGUCCAACCCAAUCCGUGGCCCUGGGCGCAGCAACAGACAGGGAUAGUCCAACCCGGUCUCCCUGUUCCACCUCAGCAGCAGCAGCAGCAACAACAGGCUCCCCAGAGGCAGCAACAACAACAGGCUCCCCAGAGCUUCCAGACGCUGAUCGCCGUUGGUGGCAGUAAUGGCAACUCUAUGCUCAUACCUAACGCAGGCGCAUCGGUUGGUCCCGCCACCGUGGCGGCGAAGGAAACCGCGCCUCCAGAGAGCAAGAAAGGAGAGAAGAAAAAUGCAGACGCAGAAAAGAAAAAUGGCGACGCGGAGAGGAGAAAUGCCGAAGCAGAGGCACAGGAAGACGGCGACAAGGGUAAGAAGGGCAAGGACUCCAAGCAGCUGAAGAUGUUCAAGGUUGCGCUCGCGGACUUCGUGAAGGAGGCGCUGAAGCCGACGUGGAAAGACGGGCAGAUGAGCAGGGAGGUCCACAAGACCAUCGUGAAGAAGGUCGUGGACAAGGUGACGAGCACCGUGGAGAACACCCCUCCGACCAAGGAGAAGAUCGACGUCUACAUGACCUACUCCAAGGAGAAACUGAACAAGCUCGUGCAGGCGUAUGUUGGCAAGUACGCCAAGGCGUAGUAGCGUUUGGCCAAGAACACACUGACGCCCAUUUUGUGCCCCGAGGUCGGAAGGAUGGAAAGCACCGCGUGCAUCCGUGCUCAGAGGUUUAGGAUUUGUGAAGGCGCGCGAGGUUGGGGGGGGGGGGUGCCUGGGCUUGUCUGCAGUUUCAGAGAGUUUAGCGUGUGGUUUGUGGGCAAAUGGCGCCGUUCCAACAUCUGGCUGUAACUUUUGUAGAAUUGUUUUAUUCUGGGAUUUAGAACAUGGUGUAGCGGAAUCAUGCAUGGCGUGGAUCAUUUUUUAUGGAUAGACUAUAUAGGAGGCAUGCAUGGUGUGGUGCCCAUCGACGUGCUAGUGUUAUAGUAUUGUUGAUCGGAGGACCAGACCAGUCAAGGAACGCACGGUGUCCCUCUUGAUGAGAAGUGAGUUGCUUGCUCAUCGUUCCUCA